AUGACGCUUGGUUUUACGCAUUCGUUAUUGCCCUUGUGGUCACGGCUCAAUGUUCUUCUACUUGCCUGCCAGUAUGGGGUUACCAAAAUCGUGGAAUAUCUUUUGAAUGACGUUGUUGGCUCUGAUCCCAAUAUCAAAGAUGUCGAUGGACACACACCACUCUUUCUUGCAGAUAACAAGGAAAUCAUUCUACUCUUGUUGCAACAUGGAGCUACUGCCGAAGAUGUCUAUACCAAUUAUCGCGAAGCUCUUGGUAACGUGUUUUCAAAGGAUCCCCUGAAAAACCCAGUGAAGAUGCUUGUUAUCGGUCACGGUGGAGAAGGAAAGAGCACUCUCAUUGAAGCAAUGGAACACGAGCCAACUACAUUCACAUAUCUAGUCAACAUAUUCGUCUCUCCUAAAGAAGUCGAUGGAGUUAGCAAGAAAACAGCCGGAAUCAUCCCUCGAUUAUUCAAGAGCCGUGUCUUUGGAGAUGUGUUGGUCUAUGACUUUGCUGGUCAAGAGGUCUACUACAGCAGUCACGCUGCAAUUAUCAAGUCAGCAGUUGAUGCAUGUCGGCCCAUUUUCAUUUUGGUUAUCAGUCUCCUAAAUGAAAACAUCACUACCACCCACUCUGUCUCGUAUUGGUUGGGCAUCAUUGCCAACCAGUGUGCCAAUAUGGAGGGCAAAGCACCACUCAUUGUGGUGUCUAGCCAUGCUGAUCUUGUAAAGGACGACUCCGCAAUCCUGGAAAGGAAGGAGACCAUAUUGAAAGCUGUGCAGAAAUUUCCCAUGUUUGAGCUCGUGGAAAUCAUUCCGAUCGAUUGUCGAUUUUCUAAUUCAAGUGGUAUGAAAGUUUUGAGGCGUUCAGUUGGCUUUACAUGUGACUCUAUUAGAUCCAAGCUGUCUGUCAGUUUGAACUGCCACAUGUUUCUCAUCUAUUUGCUUGAAAAAUUUUCUGGAAAGAUUGCAGUUUCAUUGGAAGACAUACAGCAGGAACUCGCGGUGGAUCGCCUCCAGCCUUCUAAGAAGCACAAAGAUCAUAUUCCAUUCAUCCCCUCAACGAUUCCCCGCCUUGUUGAGAUCUGCUCUCAGCUGAGUGACAAAGGUCACGUUCUCUUCUUGCACGACACAGCUUCACCUGAGAAGAGCUUUGUCAUCAUUGACAGUUCAACACUACUCUCUCGAAUCAAUGGAACCAUAUUUGCUCCAGAAGAUUUCAAACAACACUGCAAGUUGUUCUCCAGCACUGGUAUCGUACCAAAAUCUAAGCUUGCUGCUUACUUCCCAGAUAUCGAUAUUCAACUGCUGAUUGGAUUCUUAUCUCAUCUCGAGCUAGCCGUUGUUAUUGACGAUAAAGAAAUCCUCUGUCUUAUCAACCAUCAUCUGGACGAGUCUAGUGUUAGUGCUGAGGAAGUGUACAUGUUCUGCCCCGCUCUGAUCACCUUAGCAGCUCCUCCUGAUGUAUGGGAAGGCUCAGCGAAGUACCAAUUUGGUUGGGUCCUGUCAGCAGUUCACAGUGAUCAGUUCCUGGAUGCUCGAAUGCUCUACGUUCUCCUCCUUCGACUAGCUCUCUCCCUCCGCCUUGCUCUUAAUACAGAUACCAGCAUUCCUGCUCUUCAACACCGUUGUGCAUUCUGGAAGACUGGUGUUUGCUGGAGCACAUCUCACGGUGUCAAAAUGGUGGUGGAAAUCUCCAACAAGAAGCACGCUAUUGUUCUAAUGCAGGCACAAGAGCUUUCCUUGGAUUUCUUCGAUCUUCGUUCAACUGUGGUCGGUAAAGUGGUUGAGGCUAGAAAGCAGUUUUGUCGUUCGACUGAGGUUAACGAGUUAUUCCUAUCGCCUGCCAGUAUGACAUAUCCUCUCAACAUCUCUGAAGCUCCCACAUUCAACAUCAAUCUAGUGGCAGAAAGUGUUGUUAAACAAUAUCGCUACGUUGUUUCAACUAGUGGGAUCUUAAGUUUGUCUGUGGCUGACUUUCUUUAUGCUGAGGUUUACGCUGAUCUCGGUGAGAAUAUUCUACAGCUUCUGUUCAAUCCAGCACACAAGGAACUGUCUGAUCGAUUCAUCUCGGCCCUUGCAACUUGUUGGAACAAGAAUCCUCUACUGGCUGAUAUCGUACGCACAGCUAUUACUGAGAAUGCCAGCGCUGCAUUUCAGGAGUGCAAUAAUCUCGAUGAUGUUCUAAAAAUCUGGAAAAGCACUGGAGAUUCCAGUGGUGGAGCACUGAGAAGAAUUCUUGAUCCACUUAGUGUGUUUUCUGGACGAAACCCUCUCGAACUGGCUGGUGUUGCUGCUAAGGAGACUAGUGAUGAUCUACUACCAGCCCCCAGACGAACACCAAACUGUCCAAGCACAGGACCAGCUGCUAAUCGAUCCACUCUCCAAGAUCUAGUGAGCAGAUACAGUCUGACUGACAAGCAGCUCAAUAGUGAAAUAGGGGACUCAGAUAUUCUCUACGUGGCUGAAUAUUUCGACGGGUCGAAAAUCUAUGCGAAUGCAAUGGGACUAACUCCUGCAGAACAGGCCGAUGUGAAUGAGUUGUACCAUAAAAAUGGAACUCAAGUAGCCAUGACUGAAUGCUUGAUUAUCUGGAAAAGACACAAUCCUUACGCAGCAACUUACAAAGCUGUACUGGAGUUGUUACUGAGACUGAGAAAAGACAAGAUAGCUGAUGAUAUCUGUCAGCACUUGACUCAAUGAGGUAUCACUGUCUAAUGACAUUGUCACGUGUGGAGAGGUGUACAGGAACAGUUGCUCAAGUAACUCUCUGUAGAAUGUUUGAUACUCACAAUUCAUUUAGUUUGCAAAUAGCUUCAUAAAAUUAAUAAUUAUAGAAUAAUUAUAGUAUUUUUAUUGUGUUUAUUGUGUCUCAUAAAAAUAGAGUUUUUAUAUUUUCUAAGCAUGCACUUGGUAUUUAUAAUCAAUACAUAAUUUUUGUAGUUCAUUUGAAUUUAACAAUUGACAUUAUAAUCAAAGUGA